GAAGAGUUUCCGCAUUUAGUUUUCUGCGCUUUUCUGUCAAAAUUAUCCAACACUUUUAUCAGGAAGAAAAAGAAAUUUUUCGGAGACUCGGGCUGCGUUCAUUUUGGAUGCUUUCAACGCUUACAUCCUUAAUUCCUUAUUUUACGAUAAUCUUUCCGAAAGUCUGUUUGAAAGUGCGCGCGAGAAUGGCCUGCGAUCACGUGGACGUUGUGGAGGUCGUGGUCGUGGAUAAGGCCUAGUUACAUUUCGAGAACAUGUUUGCGAUGUCGUGGUACCUCCAAUGAUAGAUGCAUCUGCAGUAUAAAGGAUAGACUAGGCAAGAAAGAGAGAGAGGGACGGCGGGAUGAACGGAUUAUACGACGAAUUUGUGCGCACUGUCUCAUUAACUGUUGACAAGUGGAGCCGUCAAUUGAGUGCCUCAUUCGGCACUAUUACUUAGGAAACUUUUGUAGGCGCGGAUUUGAGCGGGGCCUGUUUAGCUACGUUGGGCGAGGAAGAGGAAGAAGAAGAUGCUGUCGUGAAACGACCUGGCCCCCGGCAGGCACUACGGAUGCGAUAAACAAUGUUGACGUGAGUCAAUGGCGCUCCGCGAGCAAGAGGACGUUGCAAGGGACGGGAUAAGACGAGGGUGAGAGGAGAGCGAAAGCAAGAUUACAGAACGAUGUUACUGCCUGUGCGAGUAGAUAAGACGUGUUAAUCGUGGAGAACGCUGAUCCAAGAGCAAUGGAUGAUGAACAGCCGGCGAGGGAAGCCAACAAGAUCUGUGGAGUCUGUGGUGACCGGGCACUUGGUUACAACUUCAACGCUGUCUCUUGUGAGAGCUGCAAGGCUUUCUUCAGGAGAAACGCAUUGAAGAACAAGGACUUUAAAUGCCCCUUCACGGAAAACUGUAACAUCACGACUAUAACCAGACGAUUUUGUCAAAAAUGUCGUUUGGACAAAUGUUUUAAUAUUGGCAUGCGCAAGGAAUAUAUCAUGUCUGAGGAGGACAAGGUCCUGAAACGUAAGAAAAUCGAAAAGAAUCGCGCAAAGAAACGAUCUCAGCUUGACAAUGGUAAAACAUCGAAGACCAAAAAGGACUGCGUAGACGACUGUACGUUUGAAGACACGUCAAUGUCGGUCAAUUCGGUCGCGUCGACAAUAUCGGAAACAUACUUUUGGGAAUCCGAUAGAAAAUACACAGACCUAGAUAGCAAUAGGCAAAACGUCGUUGAAAGUAUGAGUCCAGUGACAGCAGCGAGCGUGCCAAGUCCUUCAAGUCCAUCAGAGAAUACGAAUAUUGCUGAAACAAAGACUUUAGACAUGCUGAAGGAGUCCGUUCACGGUUUGAGGACUAAUCUUGCAAGCCGCGCGAGAUUCGCCGAUCUCAAUGUGGCGCCUCAGAGUAUAGGGACGGACAAAAACUCUUCUCCGAAUUCAGGGAAAUACGAGCAAAAUUCGCUGCAAUUCAAUUCCGAGUUUGCAGAUGUUAACCGCGAAUCAUCAAACUACAGCUCUGCGUUCGAAGAAAACGUGUCAAAUUAUUCCAAAUUUGAGCAAACUCGUGAACAGAAUUCCUACGUAGAUCGCGCUUUGCAAGGCGAGACAAGUCAGUCUGACCUGGGUUUGUUGUCGCAACUUACGAAAGAGGAGACAUCAAUAUGUCAAAAGCCGAAGGAAACAUGUUCAAGCGGGAGUAAUUUGGUCGCAAAAUUUAAGCAGAAUCCUAGCCUACUAACAAAGUUUGUCAGUAAUCCAAAUUUAGUAGCGAAAAUAUUUCAAGAUCGGAGAGUAAUAAUGAAGAUUAUGACAGAUCCUGAUAUGGUCACGUGCUUGGCAGCGGAUCCAUACAUCACGCAAUUCUUGGAGGAGAACAACACACUCGAUACAACGAUCAUUGGGCGUGAUGUCAAAACAAAAGUUCAAUCCAAAGAAGCUCCGGAAAAUAAUAGCGGUUCGGAUGAUUCUAGAUAUACGCCAAGAUCUAAAGGGAGUCACGUGGAAAAUCCAAUCUUGACGGACUUGAUUACGAACCGUAACACGGAAGAUUGCAAAGAUCAAAAUUUAGAACCUAAUACAAAUGCAGACUGGAAUAAAAAUACAGCUGACGUUACCAGAGAUAUUCUUCAAGAUGUUCAAAGGAUAGCAAUUGCUGCCAAUUCUAUAGAGUCUAUCUUAUGUGAAGCCAUCAAGUUAGAAUACUCAGCAUUUUCUAGUUUCGGUGGUAACCAAAGCAGCAGAGAAUUGAAUGACGCUGAGAGAGCGAAAUUGAAUGAGCUGAUAGUUGCUAACAAAGCAUUAUUAGCUCCGUUAGACGAUGAUAUAACAAAUUUGAUUGACGAAGAUUGUAAAUUUAAAAGUAAUUUUGGACAAUCUGAUCCAAUGUUGUUAGACGUUAUAAAUUUAACGGCUAUAGCAAUUAGACGCUUGAUAAAGAUGUCUAAGAAGAUAAACGCCUUUAAGAAUAUGUGUCAAGAGGAUCAGUUGGCUCUGUUAAAAGGUGGCUGCACAGAAAUGAUGAUCUUAAGAUCGGCCAUUAAUUACGAUCCGGAUAAAGACAUGUGGAAGAUACCUCAUAGUCAAGAAAGCAUGUCAAGUAUCAAAGUUGACGUUCUGAAAGAAGCGAAAGGAAAUUUAUAUGCGGAGCAUGCAAGGUUCGUCAGAACAUUUGACCCCCGGUGGCGAGAUGAAAACAUCAUUUUGAUUUUAAGUGCAAUUGCUUUGUUUACUCCCGAUAGACCGAGAGUUGUACAUGGUGAUGUUAUUAAAUUGGAGCAGAAUUCGUAUUAUUAUCUCCUUAGACGGUAUCUCGAGAGUGUUUAUCCUGGUUGCGAAGCUAAAUCCACAUUCCUCAAAUUAAUACAGAAGAUUUCUGAACUUCAUAAACUGAAUGAUGAGGUCGUGGGAGUUUACUUGAACGUCAAUCCAUCCAGCGUAGAGCCGUUACUUAUAGAAAUAUUCGAUUUAAAGCACUGAUUGUUAGUUUGUAAACUCAUGAGUUUCUACUUUAUGCGUAUAAUGGGAAAAUUGAAUUAGUGCAUUCGAAUAUAGCAUUCGUUGCGCAUUAUGUUUCUAGGGUUAUCCAUAAACGAGAAAACUAUGCGAUAGGUAUAUUACCGAUCUGGAUAUUUUUUUUAUGAAAAUGUGAUUAUUGUAAGUAUAAUUUCAACUGUACAAACGACGGUAUCAAUACGUUUAAAUAUCUUCAAGCGAUGAAAUGAAAACUAUAUGUAUAUAUAUAUAUGUAAAAAUAUCGAAAUAGUAACGUGAAAUUGAAAUGUAUGCGCGGUCGCGCGUAAAAAUCGCCAAGAAUUAACUAUAUUUAGAAUAUAGACAUGAAUCCAAAUGGAUAUCAAUGUCUAUAAUAGUUUUUUAGCUUUCAUCACAAGUGAAACGACGAAUGAUUUGUGUGUCUCAAUCAGAAUAAAGUUGAUUAAACUAGGACGUUAAGGUAAGAGUGCCGUAAUUAACAAUAAGAAUAUUUUGCUUCUUAGCAAGCACAUAUUGUAUCAUUAAGUAUUUCACGAAGUAUCUUGAACUCAAUAUCAUUCUCAAUGCGUACUGAGAAUAAAUGUAUGUAUACAACGACAGCAUAAUAAUUCCUAAAUGGCUGUUUCGAUCAUGUUUUCGGGAAAUAGUGUUAAAUAUAUAUAUAUAUUUUUAAACACAUGAAUCGUUAAAUUUUAAGUAAAUGAAUGUUAUUCA